CUCCGCCCGCCGGUCUCCCGCCCUUCGCCUCCCUCCUCGAGCUCCGCCCAACCUGCCUCCGCCUCCGAGCGGGCGACGCUCGCACCUGCGCUCGCCGCUCCAAGAACCAGCCGCCCCGGAUCGACGAGAUCCAGCCCAGCGACGGGACCUGACAUGGGCACUUCAUAGCGACCUCUAGCCGCCGCGGCGCGUGUGGUCCAGCACCGACCACUGACAGUGCGAGCAACGACGAAGACGAAGGCGGCGUUAGAGGCCAGCUGGAACUGGAGGAUUACACACAGCUACAGAAGGCGACGUCAGCACAAGCGAGGGACAAGUCCAAGCAAGGAGAGGACGACGUCGCCGGUGGUACUGCAGACGACACCGGGUCUUCGUGAACCCGAACCAGGUGCUGCAGAUGGCCCCGCCCCUCGCGAGGCCAUGCCGGCCGUUCUGCUCUUAUACUCCGAGAAUGGAGGGAGUUGACAAAGAGAAGGUGCAGAAGGUAAUCUAUGAAAUGAGCAAGGGUUCAAAGUAUUUUGAAAAUGAGCAGAGGAAGGAGGCAUUGACCAAACAAAAGAUUGAACAUCUCCGUGCACAGUGUGCGACAUUGACUGAUAAUGAUUUAUCACAUUUUCAGAAGGUUGCGGAAAGGAAAAUGUUGGAGUUAGAGGCGUCACGGGAUCUUUCAAAGAUAUGGCUUCACACUGACAUGGAUGCCUUUUAUGCUGCUGUCGAGACAUUGGAGGAUCCAUCCUUGAAGGGAAAACCAUUGGCAGUUGGUAGCAUGUCUAUGAUAACUACUGCCAGUUAUGAGGCACGAAAGUUUGGAGUUCGUGCAGCAAUGCCUGGUUUCAUUGGAUGUAAACUAUGUCCUGGCCUGGUUUUUGUCAGACCAAACUUUGAGAGAUACACUCAUUAUAGUGAGCUGACAAGAAAAGUUUUCCAGAGUUAUGAUCCCAGUUUCAUCGCAACAAGUCUAGAUGAAGCAUACCUCAACAUAACAAGUGUCUGCAUUGAGAGAAGCAUUACAGGAGAGGAGGUUGCUACUGAGCUUAGGGCUGCCAUUCACCAGGAAACUGGCCUAACAUGCAGUGUAGGGGUUGCCCCAAACCGCAUGAUUGCAAAGGUUUGUUCUGAUAUUAACAAGCCCAAUGGACAGUUUAUUUUGCCAAAUGAUCGAGAAGCUGUAUUGACAUUUGUAUAUACAUUGCCUAUAAGAAAGAUAGGUGGCAUAGGUAAGGUGACAGAACAGAAGUUACGUCAGGUUCUUGGAAUCAGUACAUGUCAGGAGAUGCUGCAGAAGGCUGCUUUCUUAUGCGCUCUUUUUUCUGAAUGCUCAGCUGAUUUCUUUCUUUCGGUUGGUCUUGGAUUAGGAGGUACAGAAACUCCAAAGCAAAGGCAAAGGAAAAGUAUCGGUUGUGAGCGAACUUUCAUAGCAACAGAUGAUUCUUCUUUGCUUUUCGAGAAAUUAGCUAACCUCGCUGAAAACUUAAUGGAUGAUUUGCAAAAGGAGGGUUUGAAAGGAAAGACACUAACACUCAAACUAAAGACUGCAGAUUUUGAGGUUCGGACGAGAGCAGUAACUACACGAGGCUAUAUCAACUCCAAGGAAGACAUCCUGAUCUACGCUACUAAGUUGCUUAAGGCUGAAAUGCCUCUUUCUUUGAGAUUGAUGGGUUUGCGGAUGUCUCAGCUUCAUGAUGAGAAGGAUGAUUCAUCUACUUCAACACAAAAGACGAUAGAUAUAUUUUUUCGCUCAUCAAACAGUAAUUUAAAUGUCAAUGGAACAAAUGUUCAGAGUAUCACUAAUAUCUCAGGGCAGGAUAAUGGUCCUAUUAGUGUGACAACCGAGGAUGGGUACUUGGUACCUGAUAGUGGAACUGGUGCGUCCACAGAUCAACAGGAUUUCUUUGUCCAUGAUGAGAGCAUUUUCAUCCCAGAACAAAGGAAUUUAGUCAAUUACAAUAACGAGGCUGUCUUAAGCAAUCCGGUUAUCGGUGAUGGCCUAGGUGGAGCAAAGAUAGAUGAUGUCACUCACACUGCAAAGGUUAUGAACUCUGAGAAGCUUGAUGAUGUUGGCCAGUUUAUCAGUCACGAAGCUACAGCUUCAUCAGGUAAACCUGGUCAGCAGUUAUGGAUUGAUGGCUACAUUUGCUCCAUUUGUGGGUUUGAACUACCUCCAGGAUUUGAGGAGGAGAGGCAAGAACAUUCAGAUUUUCACUUCGCUGAAUCUCUACAGCAGGAAGAAACAGUUGAUAGUAAAAGACCCAUUUGCAGCGAAAGGCUGGCUGAAAAACAAUGCUCUACUACACCCUCACCCAAGAAAAAGCUGGCUGAAAAACAAUGCUCUACUACUACACCCUCACCCAAGAAAAAGCUGAAGUCUUCCAAAGGAGGAAAGCAUAUUCCAAUUGAUGCCUUUUUUGCAAAGUGCAAAAAGAACUUGUAAGAUAGGAUUUGCUGGCGACUUUGUAACAAUGGGUGUGCCAGCCAAGUGUUGAACGUGUAACUUUAUUCUUCAUGAGAGUAAUAUGUAAAUAUCAGUUCAGCACUUUGCUCCUGGCUGUGAAAGGGCAGCUCCAAGAUCUCCAAAAAUUUGAGUCACAGAAGUCACAGUAAAAUUAGAGAUUUUUUUAAUUUUCAAAUUUAUAUGAGUUUGCUACGUUGAGGUCCAAGCAA